CGAACAUCUAUAUAAACAGUAGUCCUGCAAACGACCUUUCUGCAUCCAAAAGGAAUGAGCGAACAACGUAACGUAGAAAAGAAAAGAACAGGAAGAAAAAGGGGAGAGAAAGAGAGAGAGAAUAAUUAGGGAGUUGAGGGAUAAUAAAGGUAUGAGGAGUCCGGCCGGAGCCAUUGCCACCGCACCAGAGUGUUGCUGGACUGGACUACACGCUGGAGGAGAAAGAAGCUGACGCCGGAAAACCCUACCACAGUCGGAGUUGACGUCUCUGGAGUAGCUACGGAGCCGGAUUCCCCUCGGUCUGGUUUGCCGCCGUCGAGAGCGGCGUUGCUAAUUCCUUCCGUGAGAUCGAAGUACUGUAAUCUUCCAUACUCUGCUGCGUUUCUUGUUUCUUUUAGUUCACUGGGCCGAGCAUUAGCAAGACAUGGGAUCGGGUUACCUUAAUAACAAGAAUAAUCGGGCUUCAUCGGCGCUCGAGGCAGAAAUGCAGGCUGUAAUUUUGGCAACCCGGUGGAUGGUUGAAAAAGGCUUCGAUGAUUUCGUUGUGGAAUCAGAUUGUUCUUUAGCUCUGGAGUACUUUGCAGGUAAGGAGACGCGGAAAUGGGGAAGACCGAUUCAGGAAACCUUGCAGAUGUCGAAUAGGAAACAUCUGAGUUUUGUGCAUUCGGUCCGAGAGACUAAUUGGGUCGCACAUUAUAUUGCUGCGGCCCAAGUUAAGGAAACAGAAAUAUUUGGCAGCCCAGGUGAUCUCCCGAUCCAUGCUAAGAGGGCUUAUUGGAUGGAUUUCUUUGGAAUUCCAUCUUUUAGGUUUUAAUUUCUUCGGUUCAGAUUCGGUUUCUCUUAUUGUUUUUUGGUUUAUUUGGAAUGGUUCAUUUUUGGUGUUCACAUGUUUGACUUUGUAGGGAGGUUUUGGUCUGGUCCCCCUCCUUUUAUGUAAAUUUCAGCAUUUUUAAUAAAAUAUCGGCAACUGACUCCCGGCACUUGCCCCACUGAUUUUGGUGGUUUGCCUUCCGG